ACUGAGACUAAUAACCCAAUUACCCAAUAGAGUCACCAUAGAGGGUAUUGUGUGAAGGAUUUCAGUGUCACUGAAACAGAGAAGAAGAAGAAGAAGAAGGAUCUUGAGAAAUUAUGAAUAAUGUUGCUGAAAGACCACUUAAUGGAGAUGUAGAAGAUGAUGAAGAAGACGAAGCUAAUGGUGGAGACCUUGAAGCCUGGGAGAGAACUUAUGCAGAAGAUAGAUCAUGGGAGUCUCUGCAAGAGGAUGAAUCUGGACUUCUUCGCCCCAUAGAUAAUACAGCCAUUUACCAUGCCCAGUAUCGCAGGCGCCUUCGUGCCCUUGCAUCUACAGCAGCUACUGCACGGAUUCAGAAGGGUCUUAUACGAUACCUAUAUGUUAUUGUUGACUUUUCCAAGGCAGCUGCAGAGACAGACUUUCGACCAAGUAGGAUGGCCGUGAUCGGGAAACAAGUUGAGGCAUUUAUCAGGGAGUUCUUUGAUCAGAAUCCACUUAGUCAUGUUGGUCUGGUGACUAUAAAAGAUGGGAUUGCUUAUUGCUUAACAGAUCUUGGUGGCAGUCCUGAGUCCCACAUUAAAGCUUUGAUGGGUAAACUGGAAUGCUCAGGUGAUGCCUCCCUACAAAAUGCACUCGAGCUUGUUCUUGGCUAUCUAAAUCAAAUCCCAUCAUAUGGUCAUCGUGAAGUUCUGAUCUUAUAUUCAGCUCUCAGUACAUGUGAUCCUGGUGAUCUCAUGGAAACCAUCCAGAAAUGCAAAAAAAGUAAAAUAAGAUGCUCUGUCAUUGGUCUUGCUGCUGAAAUGUUUGUAUGCAAACAUCUCUGCCAAGAAACUGGAGGAACUUAUUCUGUUGCGCUAGAUGAGUCCCACUUUAAAGAGUUAAUUCUAGAGCAUGCUCCUCCACCUCCAGCAAUAGCAGAGUAUGCUACUUCUAAUUUAAUUAAGAUGGGUUUCCCACAAAGAGCAGCUGAGGGUUCUGUUGCAAUUUGUACAUGUCAUCAAGAGGCUAAGACCGGUGGGGGAUACACUUGUCCAAAAUGUAAAGUUCGGGUCUGUGAGCUUCCUACUGAAUGUCGCAUAUGUGGAUUGACCCUUAUUUCUUCACCCCAUUUGGCAAGGUCAUAUCAUCAUCUCUUUCCUAUAGUACCGUUUGAUGAGGUCACUCCGUCAUCUCGAAAUGAUCCAAGCCACAGUUUUCCCAAUACUUGUUUUGGUUGUCAACAAAGUCUUCUUAGUCAGGGAAACAAACCUGGACUUUCUGUUAGUUGCCCAAAAUGCAAACAACAAUUCUGCCUUGAUUGCGACAUCUACAUUCAUGAGAGCUUGCACAACUGCCCAGGCUGUGAGAGUUUCAGACAUUCUAAGUCAGUAACUGCUGCCCAAUGAUUUUCGAACUUGUUCCUUUGACAUAAAAUUGCCAUCUAAAUGGUGAUCUAUACAGUCUCCCUCUUGUUAUAUUGCAUCUACCUCCCGGAGUCAUGAAUAAGUUCCGGUGCAAAGUGACCGACUAACAAUAUCAUCUGGUCAUUGAUCACAAUGGUUUGGCCUUGAUGCAAGCCGUUGUACAGUAAAUGCUUACAGGCAGGAAAACAAAAGUGAUAUUAGUUAUACAAGGGUGAGAUUUUAUUUUUUCCUCUUAGCGUCUUAAAUCUUACAUCUUCCUGAUCCUUUUCCUUCUUUUUGUUAUUUUCUGGAAAUUAAGCCACAUGUAAGAAUACCCUUUGUUUUAUCACUCCAUGUUAAAGUCGAGCAUGGAUGUCUCCCUUGCCAAUUAUUUUUUUAUCAUUGGGCUGACACCACUGUUGUUGCUAGCAGAUGAAUUUUGAUCAUUGAAUUAUCAU